AUGAGAGGACCUUCAGGAAAGAAAGCCAGAGGUCCUGGGGACAGAGCUUAUAGCACACCCAUGGACCCAGUCUAUGGGGAAGGCUUCUCCGGUCCCCGUGAAAUGAAACGUGGGAGCAGGGUGGCCAGGAUAAGACUCCCCGAAGGACAAAUCUUCAGAGACACAUGGUUUGACUUCCUGAGGCUAUGGCAGAGAGAGCUCAGUUGUACCCAUGUCUCACCUCCCACCCCAGCAACUUCUACACUAUUCAGUUUCCACUGCAGUUCCCUACAUUUUACUGAAGGAAGAAGAGAGAAGCCCUUGUACAUCACCUCUUUAGCUUCCAAGGAGACUGUUGCCUCAAGCCAAGAUUCUAAGGUGACCCCAAAGGAAGGGAAAACACUUCUGAGAUUUCCCUCUUUGGAGAUGCUAGGCACAGUGCCAGACUCCCCUUUCAUCGCCUCUGACUCUGGUCCAGCAAGUUCACUUAUGACCUAA